CAACGUUCUCUCUGUUUCUCUCCCUGUAAUCUCCUAGAAUCUUUCGAAAUGUUGUCUUUUGCCGGUCGAAACGCUUUUAGAGCUGGUAUUCGCCGUGGAUUCGUCGCCCCAGCUGUUGCGAAGAGGUCGAUCGCGUCCCAGGCGACUCUUCCUCCCCUUCCUUACAGCUACGAUGCUUUGGAACCCUAUAUCUCGGAGGAGAUCAUGAAGCUGCACCACCAGAAACAUCACCAGACCUAUGUCAACGGUCUGAAUGCAGCUCAAGAAGCCUACGCGAAGACGUCUUCGUAUAAGGAGCAGAUUGCUCUCCAGGCUGCUAUCAAGUUCAAUGGCGGAGGACAUAUUAACCACUCUCUCUUCUGGAAGAACCUUGCCCCUGCCUCGGAAGACGGAGGCAAGCUCGCUGACGGCGCGCUCAAGCAAGCCCUCGAGAGGGACUUUGGUUCCGUUGAGGCCUUCAAGAAGGAAUUCAACACCAAGACUGCUGCCAUUCAAGGAAGUGGUUGGGGUUGGCUUGGUUACAACCCCUCCAACAAGAAGUUGGAGAUUGUGACCACCGCCAAUCAAGAUCCCCUCCUUUCGCACACGCCCAUUAUUGGUGUGGACAUCUGGGAGCAUGCUUUCUAUCUUCAGUACAAGAAUGUCAAGCCCGAUUACUUGAACGCUAUCUGGAACGUUAUCAACUUCAAGGAGGCCGAGAAGCGCUUCGUCGAGGCACAAUCGGCGUAGCGGGAUCGACCGUAAAGGGCAGAGCUAGCGCCUUUCUGCUUGUAGACGCUCACAAUGAAUAUGUACGUUUUGUUGGAAGCUUUCCUGCAUGCAAAAUCCAACUUCUUCCUAUGAAAUAGCUCCAUAACGCCCAAUAUAACCUGAUGUUCC